CAAUUAGCAGAUGAAAAAUCAACAUCAUCUCAUUUUUCGUCUUUCCAGUAAAGUUAUUCUGCAAACGGUAUUUUUUGCGAAUUUUUCCUUGUUCGUUGAUGAAGAACGCGUUAAUUACCUAACUAAACAAUUAAUUCGUGCAUUUCAUUCGUCAAGAUAGUCAUCGGUUAGUGUUGAAAAAUGGCUUCGCCUUCGAUGUUUGUAAUCGGUAUUGAUUUCGGUAACGAAUCGUCGUACAUAGCCGUACCUCGAGACGGAGGAAUAGAAACCAUCAGUAACGACUUCAGUCUACGGGCUACUCCAUCAUGUGUGGCAUUCAGUAAUCGAAACAGAAUCCUCGGUGUGGCGGCCAAGAAUCAGUUAAUAACCAAUCUUAAAAACACCAUCUUCGGGUUCAAAAGGUUGUUAGGUAAGAAUUUCGAUGACCCGACUGUUCAACACGAGUUACGUUACGCACCAUACCCUAUCAUUCGUUGUAAAGAUGGUACGAUCGGUGUCAAAGUUCGUUACUUGGACGAAGAAUAUGCAUUCUCCAUUCAACAAAUAACCGCUAUGUUUUUUACCAAGCUGAAAGAGUCCGCCGAAGUGGCAAUGAAAUGCGAAGUAAAUCAAUGUGUGAUAUCUGUCCCUUCGUUUUUCGAUAACGCCCAACGUCUUGCGUUACUAGACGCAGCUACCAUAGCUGGUUUAAAUGUACUACGUAUAUUCAACGAGACUGCGGCUACAGCGUUAUCUUACGGUAUCUAUAAACAAGACCUUCCAACUCCUGAAGAGCCGCCUCGUAAUGUCAUAUUCGUCGAUUGUGGACACUCAUCGUUACAAGUAUCCGCUUGCGCUUUCAAUCUGGGUGAAUUGAAGAUGUUAUCUUCGGCAGCAGAUCCUCAACUAGGAGGACGCGAUAUUGAUAUCAUUCUCGCCGAGUAUUUCAGCGAACAGUUCAAAUCCAAGUAUAAUAUCGAGCCGACGAAAAAUCAUCGAGCCAUGUUACGUUUACUCGGCGAAGUAGAAAAACUAAAAAAACAAAUGUCCGCUAAUUCUACGAAAAUACCUUUGAAUAUCGAAUGUUUCAUCAACGAUAUAGACGUACAUGGUGAUCUGAAACGUACCGAUAUGGAGGAGCUUUGCGCCGAAUUAUUCGAACGUGUUGAACGGACCAUGCUGAAGUGUUUACGAGAAUCCAAGUUGAAGAAAGAAGAAAUACAUUCCAUCGAGAUCGUAGGCGGUUCGAGUCGCGUGCCAGCGAUUAAAUCGCUCAUCGAGAAGGUAUUCGGUAAAGUACCUAGUACAACACUGAAUCAAGAUGAAGCUGUAGCUCGUGGUUGCGCUCUUCAGUGCGCGAUGCUUUGCCCGGCUAUCUUUGUUCGAGAUUUUAGUAUCACCGAUAUUCAAAAUUACCCGAUUAAUGUGUACUUGUACUACGAUUCACCAUCUAAUAAAGCUUGGAAGGUAUACCGUAAAAAUCACCCGAUACCGUUAUCUAAGAUGUUGACUUUCGAUACUCGCGAACCUUUUGAAUUGCAAGCGGUUUACGCUCACAAUAACAAGUUGAUCGGUAAAUUCAUCGUUAACGACGUCAAGCCCGACGCUAAAGGUCAAUACCAGACGGUUGAAGUGAGAGUUUGUAUCACUAUUAAUGGUAUAUUCACCGUAUCCAAAGCGAUUUUGGCUGAAAAGCAAGAAAUUGACGAUCACGGCGAACCGAUGGAAAUAAGUCAACCGCAUUCGAGUUCCAAAUCAGUCGAGAAGGAUCAUCGUAUAAAACGAGCUGUAAAAACCGCCGAUUUGCCGGUCAAAAUCAAAUUAGUUGGAGCUUACUCUUCGAACGAAUUGAAUGCCCUGACAAAACAAGAAUGUAAAAUGGUAUCUACGGAUCGUCAAGAGCGAGACAGAAUCGACGCCCGUAACGCUCUCGAAGAAUACGUUUACGAACUCCGAGGUAAAUUAUCAUCACCCGACGAGCUCGCUACGUUUGUACCGGACGAAGAACGCAAGAAACUAUGCCAACUGUUCGAUGAGAUUGAGAAGUGGAUCUACGAAGGAGGCGACGAUUGCAACCGUCAGGUGUAUUCCGAUAAGCUUAAAAGUUUACAAGAUUACGGCGAACCGAUUAAGAAACGUAAAUUCGAAUUCGAAGAACAACCACAGUUGCUGAAAGAAUUUAGCUCAACUUUACAAUUGGCACAAAGAGCAGUCGAUCAAUAUAACGCUGGCGUAGAGACCUAUUCUCAUCUGGAUAAAAACGAUGUCCGAAGGAUUCAUGAGUCGACAAAUUCAGCUUUGCGAUGGGUCGAAUAUUUAUGUAACGUAUUGAACGUCGCUUCACGCCAUCAAUGUCUACACAUUACCGCGAAUCAAAUUAAAUCCGAGAAGGAUAAGUUCGAACAAGAGAUGACCAAAGUAUUCCAGAAACCAAAACCACAACAACCUCCUACACCGUCCCGAAAACCGAGUCAAGAAGAAGCCUCAAAAUAUUUACCCGUCUUAUUACGCAAACAAAAAAAUUUUAUUCGAAUGAUCGAUUCGCUGGAACUCACGGAUAAUCUUAACGCAGAUGAAGCGAAAGUUCAGUUGAAGCAUUUGGAGAAGUUUUACGAUGAAUUUAUUCGUAUCCAGCGUAACAUCGCCGUCUUAAUUGGAGACGCUUCGAAAGACGCUCUGGUUGAAAUGUCACGGAAAGUUGAGAAGAACGUUCGUCAAAUUGAAACCAAGUUUAAAGAAAUUAUAUCAUCGAACGAAACCAUGCCAUCGACAUCGGCUGGUUCUGUAGUAAAUUGGCAUUUCAAUCCUAAGGACGAUCUCGACACUCUAAUUAAAAAGCAGAAAUUUAUGAUCAAAGAGCUCGAAUCAAUUGAAUCGGAAAAGAAUCCCAGUGAGGCUGAAGCUGAAAUAUUGCGCCAUCGUUUUUCGGAUCUUUACGAUCAGUUCUUAAGAAAUGAUGGCAUGAUAUCAAGGUAUGUGAGUGGUUUAGCCGCCGACGAGCAGUCGCGAAUGCUUGACAGCUUUCAGGAAAGAUCCAUUGCCGUUCAAAACAAGCUGGAAGGCUACGGUGACGAUUGAUAUUACUGAUUAAAUUCGCAUCGUGUGUGUUCCAGUUCAUUUUGAUUUAGUAACUUGAAAGUAGAAACGAUAAGUUUUUAAUCCGUGUGUUACAGAUAGACGAUUUUUUUUAAAUUUAUUUUUAUCAAUUCCCAGUUAUUAGUUUUAUUGUUUCUGUUUCAAAUGAGAUGAUUUUUUUUUAAAUUUAUUUUUAUCAAUUUCCAGUUAUUGGUUUUAUUGUUUCUUUUUCAAAUGAGAUGAUUUUUUUAAAUUUAUUUUUAUCAAUUUCCAGUUAUUAGUUUUAUUGUUUCUGUUUCAAAUGAGAUGAUUUUUUUUUAAAUUUAUUUUUAUCAAUUUCCAGUUAUUGGUUUUAUUGUUUCUUUUUCAAAUGAGACGAUUUUUUUAAAAAAAUUUUUUAUUAAUUCCCAGUUAUUGAUCUUAUUAUUUCUUUUUGAUAUGAGUGUACUUGUAUUUAUUGGAGUAAAGAUGUGUUGAUAUCAUGCACUUGCGUUGUAUAGUG